AGGCCAUCAAACGCAGCUCGCGAAAAUGACAAAGAGAACCAAGAAGGCUGGUAUUGUUGGGAAAUACGGCACCCGGUAUGGUGCUAGUCUCAGGAAGCAAAUUAAGAAGAUGGAAGUGAGUCAGCACAGCAAGUACUUCUGUGAGUUCUGUGGAAAGUAUGCUGUCAAGAGAAAGGCGGUUGGCAUAUGGGGCUGCAAAGAUUGUGGGAAAGUGAAGGCAGGGGGUGCUUACACUCUGAAUACUGCAAGUGCUGUCACCGUCCGGAGCACCAUUCGGAGGUUGAGAGAGCAAACUGAGGGUUGAAAAUGAAUGCAAGCAUACAUUUUUCAGGCAUAUUAAGUAUUUUUGUAAUCCUUGGAGCAGAUACUUUGCUAAACUUUGAGGUUUGUUGUCAGGCAUUUUGCCAUAUUAAGUUUAUCACCAAUUCUUGGUUAAGCUAACUGUGUUGGUGCUUAAUUAAUUACUAGCUGUUUCUGCUUCUGCUUAUGCUU